AUGCCACAAUCAUCACCCAAAAAUGUUCAAAUGUCGAAGGGAAAAUCGCAAACCACAGAAAGAGUCUCUAUUCGAAUGCAGGACAUUCCAACACAACUUCUCGAAAAAUUGGUUGGUGACUUUCUACAAAAGGCGAACGAAACCUACAGAAAAACUCAAGGUGAUAUUGACAUCCCAGCUCUUGAAGUAGCACCCAGCAAUGAAGAACCAAUCAAAAAGAAAGCAAGAACUUUGAAAACUCUACACCCUCCCAAUGCUAGUGCUGAAGGAGUAGUGAUUGAGCGAUCUAAAUACGUAGAUAAACAAUUAGAGCAGUAUGGGAGGCCGUUGGAAGGCCAAUAUAGCGUUACAAAUACUAGGGUAACAUCAGAUGAACCGAUGGCUGACGUACUGAAGUUGGCAGUUUUUCAAACGAUGAAAGCAAGCAUUGCAAACAAAUACCAUGAAAGUGAUUUUUCGAGCCAAGAGACAUCGGUUGAUUUAAUGUGUCAAUGGGUGUCUCAAUAUUACAAUAUACUUACUAGAAGACUAAUUCGACUUAUGGAGAUUCAAAGGAGGAGAUCUCCUAAUAGAGAUGAUCUGAAACUUUUGGAGAGAGAAGGUCUUUUUAAUGCGCAGGGCAUUCACGAUAUGUAUGACUUGUCAAAUGGUUUUAGUCAGCCUAAAAACAAGAAAUUGAUAGAGUUAAUAAAAACCAAGGCAAAAGAGGCAAGGACAGCAUACACGGGAAUAGAUAACGGCUACUUUAAUGGCUUACCAGAUGAAAUAUUUUUAGAAAAAGAGAGCUGGCUGAAUCAAGUAGACACUCGAGGAAAUCGUAAGCCAUAUAUUCCAGAAUGGAUGCCCCAGUUACCACCAGAUUAUACCUAUAAAUCAACCCCUAAAUACAAUCACCUAGUCACAGAUCCAGUAGUUCUGAAAUCUACACUAGUUAAAGAGGGUAGGUUAGCGGAAAAGGCUUUGAAUCACAUUAUAGUCAAAGAGGAGAAUCCGUUGGAGACAUUUUCAGAUGAAAGUAUAAGUUCUAGUGACGAUGAAGAGAAAGAAGUGGUUAGAUCUGAUGAUGCUUCCAUUGACGUUGGAGUGGCGCAAGCACAAAAUACAGAAAAGAGGCUGGAUAAUUUACUAUCAAAUUCCAUGUCUUCUGCAGAGUCACCACAUAGCGACAACGAUAGAGAUGAAAAAACAGAAAAAGAAAAGCAAGCGGAGAGAAAUGAUAUUGUAGAGUUAGCAAGAAACAGAAUGGCUGUGUUAGAACGAAGACGUAAGGAAGAGGAUGAAAGAAUAAAGUCGAGAACUCAGUCCGAAGAAAGCAUUUUGGGCAGAAAGUUUGGCUUGUAUUCAGCUUUGAAAAAACUACCGGAUGAUAUAGAUCAUGAAAUGGAAGAAUAUCGGGACAGAGGUUUGAGUGGUUUGAUACACAAUCUCCACAAACAGGAAAAAUGGUUCAAAAAGUGGGAAGUUGAGCAGCGAAAGCUACGGAAGAAACAGGAGGAAGAAAAGAGUAAGUAUCAGGAGGCCAACGAAAUACAGAUUAACAUAGGGCUUGAUAGUGCCACCAAUUUUGCCAUUGCUAAUAUUGAAGAAGAUGUGGACUUUGGUGUUGAAUUUAGCGAUAUGGAAGACUAUGAUGAAUCUGAACUUAAAACAAAUCAGCAAACUGCACAGCAUGGCGAGCAUAAUGAUGGAUCUGUGAUCGGAAGGUCUCAGAAUGAAGUACAUGAGGGAUCAGUUCGAUUUCAAGAACAAGUUGAAGUCAUUAGUUCCAAAUCUGAAGGUUCCGAAGGUAAGGAUAUUCUUAUGGGUGACAACGUAUCAGUGACCAAAACAAAUGAAGCAGAGACUGAAGUUGCUCAAUCUCCAGAUAUUUUUGAUUCUAUUACAAGAUUGCCUGAUAUUUCGACAAAAAAAGAGCUAGUAACUUCUAAAGAGACGAUAGGAAAAGAAGGCACGGUUAUUGCAAGUGAUUCUAAUGGUGUGAAAGAAAGCUUUGAAGUAAAGGAAACUACUGAUACUGUAGAAGAUAUGGAUGUUGAAGAAGAUAUAGAUAUGGAUAUAUUUGAAGAUUAG